AUGGCCACUGCAGAGCUGCCUGCAAAAUUGGUUGAUCUGGCAACAAUUAACCUGACGGAGAUGGUGAAUGAAAUGCUAAAUACAGCUCUCAAAGGCACUAAAGAAUUCUUCUCUUUGCUGAGCAUUGUAUCUUAUAGCUCAUAUGCCUUCCAGAAAGUUUCCAUUGUCAUCUACAACAUAUCCAGCUUAAGGAACAUAGAUCCUGCAAAGUUCUCCAUGCGGUACUGUUAUUGCUUAAACAACAGGACUAAUGAUUUAACAGAUUUUACAGCAUUGCUGGUGGACAUUGUUGGAAACUCCACCGGUUAUCUUACUGAGAUUUUCAAAUCAACUUCCAUUGUGUCAGUGAGCCAGCGGAAUGAUACAGACUGCAUCUACAUUUGUGUCAUGUCUGGACGAAUAGGCAGAAAUCUUUCAGACUUGUGGGAAGCAAUAGAGAAGUCUCCUAUAGUCAACUACACUUUUUCUGGUAACAUAUCAGAUUUCUUGGAAUGCCCACAGGCCAUCAAAAAAGGCAAUUUUGUGACCAUGUCAUCCAUCGCAGCUCAAAAGCUGAAUCCUUGCGUGAUGGAGCUGUGCAAGUUUUAUCAACAGUGCCUUUGUACCAGGGACCGGAGCUACUCAAGGGAUCAAGCUAUGAGGUACUGUAUUGAAAACUAUCGGUGGUUCUUUAAAAAUGCAGCAUACAUUUGUGAAAAAGUCAAGAGAUCGGCUUAUCCCAAGACAUUGAAGCAAAAGUGCCUUAAAUAUAUUUGUAAAUCUAUAUGA